GCGCGACUCUGUGGCCCCCCCCCACCUCCCCCACGGGAAGGAAGCACUCCCCCACAUUUAAAAAGAGCGGAGAGGAAAGUGGUUAGUCGGGAGGCCGGCCGGGAGGCGAACAGAUGCCCAGCUGCACCGCGUCCACCAUGCCGGGGAUGAUCUGCAAGAACCCAGACCUCGAGUUUGACUCGUUGCAGCCCUGCUUCUAUCCGGACGAAGAUGACUUCUACUUCGGCGGUCCCGACUCGACCCCACCGGGGGAGGACAUCUGGAAGAAGUUUGAGCUGCUGCCCACGCCCCCGUUGUCGCCCAGCCGCGCCUUCCCAGAGCACAGCCCGGAGCCCUCGAAUUGGGCCACUGAGAUGCUGUUGCCGGAGGCCGACCUGUGGGGCAACCCGGCAGAGGAGGAUGCGUUCGGUCUGGGGGGACUGGGUGGCCUCACCCCUAACCCGGUCAUCCUUCAGGACUGUAUGUGGAGCGGCUUCUCCGCCCGCGAGAAGCUGGAGCGCGCGGUGAACGAGAAGCUGCAGCACGGCCACGGGCCCCCGGGCGCCGGCACAGCCUGCCCGGCUCCGGGAGUGGGUACCAGCAACCCCGGGGGCCGUGCCCUUAGCGGAACGGCGAGUGUUGGCCGCACCGGGGCCACCCUGCCCGCCGACCUCUCCCACCCGGCUGCCGAGUGCGUGGACCCCGCCGUGGUCUUCCCCUUCCCGGUGAACAAGCGUGAGGCGCCGCCGGUGUCCGCCGCCCCCAUCAGUGCCCCUGCGACCAGCGCUGUGGUCACUACUGUGUCUGCUCCGGCUGCUGCCCCGGUGGCCGCUCCUGCCCGUGCAGGCGGCCGUCCUGCCAACAGUGGCGAGCACAAGGCCCUCAGUACCUCCGGAGAGGACACCUUGAGCGACUCAGAUGAUGAAGAUGACGAGGAGGAAGACGAAGAGGAGGAGAUAGACGUGGUCACCGUGGAGAAGAGACGCUCCUCCUCUAACAACAAGGCUAUCACCACCUUCACCAUUACCGUGCGUCCCAAGACCUCAGCGCUGGGUGUCGGGCGGGCCCAGCCCGGCGGCGGCGGCGAGCUGAUCCUCAAGCGCUGCGUGCCCAUCCAUCAGCAGCACAACUAUGCCGCGCCCUCCCCCUACGUGGAGAGCGAGGAUGCGCCACCGCAGAAGAAACUCAAGAGCGAGGCUUCCCCGCGCCCCCUCAAGAGUGUGGUCCCAGCCAAGGCCAAGAGCUUGAGCCCCCGCAACUCAGACUCGGAGGACAGCGAGCGUCGCCGCAACCACAACAUCCUCGAGCGCCAGCGCCGCAACGACCUGCGCUCCAGCUUCCUGACGCUCAGGGACCAUGUGCCUGAGCUGGUGAAGAACGAGAAGGCGGCCAAGGUGGUCAUCUUGAAAAAGGCCACCGAGUACGUCCACGCCCUGCAGGCCAACGAGCACCAGCUCCUGCUGGAAAAGGAGAAACUGCAGGCCAGGCAGCAGCAGUUGCUAAAGAAGAUCGAACAUGCUCGGACUUGCUAAACGUUUCUCACACGGACAGACAGUCAC